UUUUUUUUUGGGUUUUGUUUGUUCCCGGCAUAUUCGCUGGCAAACCAGGAAACGAAGAAGAAUCUGAAGAAACGUCGAUUCCAGAUUCUCCCAAUCAAUUCAACGGGACGGGAGCAAGAAGCAGAUAACAGAGAUGAUUACUCGUCGCCGUAAUCUUAAAUUCCAUCGGAGACGCCAGAGAAAACGGCGUAGGCAGCGCGUGUUAUCUGCCGGAGAAAAAUAGCGGCGGCGCGUGGUUAUCGGUACGAUUUCUUCUUCACCUUUUGGCAUUCUGUUCUGGUAGGUAACCAGUAAAUUAGUUGUAAACUGUAAGAAAAAAAAACCUAACAGUAAGCAGAAUCUCAUGAAUCUUGUUUCUGGUUAGUUCUUUGCCCAUCACUAUUUACUAUUCUUAGUGUUUUUAAAACCCAUAUGAAAAACCAUCACAGUUUCCACUUUGUUCCCUUGAUUCUGGUAGCUUAACUGUAAUAAAUCGAGAAAUUCAUAUAUCUAAUUUGUAUGAAAAACAAAACAAAAUCUUUUGUAAUCGUUCUCUACCAUCAUAUUCCUCCUGCAAUCCCUUUUUUUCUAAUCUUCAUCAAAAUGGAGUUUGGAGAUGAUAAGAUGCUUUACAUGAGAGACACAUGGAGAGAAUCAAACAUGAUCUGCGACGUCUUGCCUCUCAACCCUAGCUCCAAUGGCGUUUGGCCUGCUCAGAAAUUCCCAGAUCCUCAUGUCAACCUCAGUUUCUGGAAUUACACGUUCCCACACUUGCAGUUGAUAUUCCUCAUCAUCUCUUUCCUCUGGCAAUUCUUGCAUUUCUUCCUCCAGCGUCUCGGCAUGAUCCGUUUCACUUCCCAUAUGCUUACUGGUGUUCUCUUAAGCAAGUCGUUUCUUAAGGAGAAUUCAGCGGUGAGGAGGUUCUUCACUACAGAGGAUUACAAAGAGAUUGUGUUUAGUCUUACCUCUGCUUGCUCCUACAUGAUGUUCUGGUUCUUGAUGGGAGUUAAAAUGGACAUGGGUUUGAUCCGCACCACGGGUAGAAAAGCUAUUACCAUUGGCAUCUCCUCCGUGUUACUCUCCACUUUGGUCUGUUCCGUUAUCUUUUUCGGAAACCUCAAGGACGUAGGAACCAAGAACUCGGACAACACUCUCAGUUCCUUGGAAUCCGUUGUGGUUUACUCAAUCCAGUGCCUUUCUUCUUUCCCUGUUGUUGGAAACCUUCUCUUUGAGCUCAGGCUACAGAACUCAGAGCUCGGUCGUCUAGCCAUAUCUUCUGCUGUCAUCAGUGAUUUCAGCACCUCUGUUCUCGCUUCCGUUCUCAUCUUCAUGAAGGAGCUCAAGGACGAGCAAACACGGCUUGGGAGCGUCUUCAUAGGAGACGUCAUUGCCGGUGAUCGUCCUUUGAAGCGAGCAGGGGUAGUGGUUCUCUUUGUUUGUAUUGCCAUCUAUGUUUUCAGGCCGUUGAUGUUCUACAUUGUUAAAAGAACGCCUUCUGGUCGUCCUGUCAAGUCAAUCUAUCUGUCUACAAUCAUCGUUAUGGUCUCUGGAUCAGCCAUCCUUGCGGAUUGGUGCAAGCAAUCUAUUUUCAUGGGACCUUUCAUAUUAGGUCUCGCUGUUCCUCAUGGCCCGCCUCUAGGCUCUGCUAUUGUUCAGAAGUUCGAGUCGGCUAUAUUCGGCACUUUUCUUCCGUUUUUUGUUGCUUCAUCUUCCACGGAGCUCGACAUGUUUUCUUUAGUUGGUUGGAGAGAUCUCAAUGCCGUUUUGUACAUCAUGGUAACAUCUUUCGUCGUCAAAUUCAUCUUGACCGCUCUUCCUGCUUUGUUCUACGGUAUGCCAAUGGAAGACAGCUUCGCUAUCUCUCUUAUCAUGUCUUUUAAAGGCAUCUUCGAGCUUGGUGCCUACGCUUUUGCCUUCCAAAGAGGGUCUGUCCGUCCCGAGACCUUCACUGUCGCGUGUCUUUAUAUAAUGUUGAAUUCUGCAGUCAUACCUCCGAUUUUGAGGUACUUAUACGACCCAUCGAGGAUGUAUGCAGGGUACGAGAAGCGGAAUAUGCAGCACUUGAAACCAAACUCGGAGCUGAGGAUUCUGUCCUGCAUCUACAGAACCGAUGAUAUAAGCCCAAUGAUCAAUCUUCUCGAAGCUACUUGCCCGUCCCGGGAAUCACCUGUAGCAGCCUACGUCCUCCACUUGAUGGAACUCGUGGGACAAGCCAAUCCCAUCUUCAUUUCCCACACACUGCAGACUCGCAAAACAGAGGAGACGUCUUUUUCAAACAAUGUAGUUCUCUCCUUUGCAAAAUUCCGCAAAGAUUUCUACGGAUCAGUCUUUGUAAGCACCUACACGGCCGUAUCCAUGCCCGAUACGAUGCACGGAGACAUCUGUAUGCUUGCACUCAACAACACUACUUCUCUCAUACUUCUUCCUUUUCACCAGACAUGGUCUGCGGACGGAACUUCCAUCAUCUCAGACAGCAACAUGAUCCGGGACCUUAACAAGAGCGUUCUCCAAGUGGCGCCAUGUUCUGUCGGAAUCUUUGUCUACAGAAGCAGCUCCGGAAGGAGAAACAUCAGUGACACGGUUUUAAAUAUGUCAUCUUACCAAGUCUGUAUGAUCUUUCUAGGCGGCAAAGACGAUAGAGAAGCAGUGACACUUGCAACAAGAAUGGCCCGUGACCCCAGGAUUAAGAUUACAGUGUUACGAAUGAUCAACGCCGAUGUGAAAGCAAAAGAAAACUCGGAGUGGGAUAAAAUGCUUGACGAUGAACUGCUUAGAGACGUGAAGAGCAAGGCAUUGGUAGAUGUUUUCUACACGGAGAAAGCGGUGGAAGACGCGUCUGAGACAUCGGCUUUGCUGAAAUCGAUGGCCAACGAUUUCGAUAUGUUCAUAGUGGGAAGAGGGAAAGGGAGGAAGAGUGUGUUCACUGAUGGGCUUGAGGAAUGGAGUGAGUUUAAGGAGCUUGGUAUUAUCGGAGAUCUAUUGACUUCACAGGAUUUUAAUUGCCAGGCUUCAGUUUUGGUUAUACAACAACAACAACUUAUGAUUUAGAGAUCUUUGACAUGUUACAAUCAUUCAUGUUGUUGUUGUUGUUGAACUACUAAAACAGAAACCCUAGUUGUUAAAUCUUUAGACGCAAGCA